AUGAACUCGCUCAACACCACUUCAGUCUCACUGGCAGUGACGCCAACUGUCGUGUCGACUCUCUUUUCACAUUACUUUAACAGGAAGCCCCUGAGGCAACGCCCGACUGCCCAUCUGUCCUACGAUGAAGGCCUUCACCUGAUUCGGUCGUUCCUCGAGUACUCAUCACAACACACCGUCGAGGAGCUUCAGGCCUUUACCGCUCAAUGGGUACCGCAUCCGCAAUGGGUCAAGGUCGAAGAUGCGACCGUUCCCGAGGAGCAAUUGACCCGCGCCGCCGAGCUGCUCCACAAGCAGCUGGGCACCGACGGCCUCCGGCAGGUCGGCGGCGAGAAGUGGUGGCAAUGGCGGAAGCCCAAGAGCUCUCUCGAGGCCGAAUGGAUCGAGAUGCGCUCGGAUGCCUGGGAGAGGAAGCAGAAUGGCGGCAAUUCGCGACGCGUCAUGAUGUACAUCCACGGAGGCGCAUACUACUUUGGUAGCGUGGAUGAACAUCGGUAUCAGAUGCAGCGCCAUGCUCGCAAGCUCAAGGCGCGUGUGUUUGCGCCUCGCUAUCGAUUGUCGCCGCAGUUUCCUUUCCCUUGCGGCCUUCACGAUUGUCUCGCCGCCUACCUCUAUCUCUUGACGGUUCAAGAUCCCACGACCAUUGUGCUGGCAGGAGACUCGGCAGGCGGCGGCAUGGUCAUGUCUCUGCUGUGUGUUCUGAGGGAUCAGGGAAUUCCAUUGCCUGCUGGAGCUGUGCUGAUCAGCCCAUGGGUCGACCUGACACACUCGUUCCCCAGCGUCUCUGGAGAAGCGCCGAUGGACUACAUCCCUCAGUCUGGAUUUCACCACAAGCCCUCUCAGGCAUGGCCGCCGCCCAAUGAGGAUGAUAUUGCGAUGCUCAGAGAGGUGGCUUUGAAGAAGAAGAACAACCAGGCCAAGAAGACACCAGGGACGCAAGAGCUCAAGGAGAGGCAGCACGCACCUGUUGUAAAGAAGGAACCAUCCGAUGCCUCGUGCAGAUCAGACUGGAUCAACGGUGGGGUUCCAAUCAAUCCUGAUAAGCUUCUUUCAGUCGCCAUCGACGGUGAAAUGGUCAAGCUCAAGGAUCAGAUUCAGAUGUAUACUUCUAAUGAACUCCUGGCUCAUCCGCUGGUUAGCCCUGUCAUGCAGCCCACCCUGGGCGGUCUGCCGCCUCUUCUCAUCAUGGUUGGAGGAGGAGAGAUUCUUCGUGACGAGCAGAUCUAUCUGGCUCACAAGUGUGCUAACCCUGCCAAAUAUGCACCACCUGAAGAAGCCUUGACAGAAGAAGGAAGGGCCCGACUGGAGCAGUACAAGCCAACCGACGUCCAGCUCCAAAUAUGGGAUGAUCUCUGCCAUGUGGCGCCAACACUCAGCUUCACUCGACCUGCCAAGCACAUGUACAGAUCCAUUGCUCAGUUUAGCGCCUGGGCCCUUGCCAGAGCCCAAAAGCGAGGCAUUGAUAUUCUUGACGACGACGCUAUCUCAGUCAUUUCUGAGUCUGGAUCCGAUAGCGAGCGGUCACAAAGGCCCAAAACCCCAGAACUAGAGAGGGUUGCUACCAAUCUUCCGCCUGGUCAGGUUGGAAAGGCCGGUGACCCCCUCCCACCAUUCAAGAACCACAUGAUUCGGCAGAAGGUUACUCGUCACGGUGCUACUUUGCCUUUGGCUCCCGAAGCUGAAUUACCCGCAUGUUGUGUUCAGCCUGCCACAGUUGGUGUUGUGAAGGAGGGUACCGUCAAGAAAUGGCUUGCGAUGAGGAAACAGUGGGAUAACCGCUUCGCUUCGGCUAAGGCAAAGAUUCACAAGAAGAUUGUCGAUGACAUGGUGGCAGGCUAUCAUGAAUUUGGCCCUGGCGAGUAUCCUCCCCCUACUGCCUUGGCGGGACGACGACGGGUCGACUCGGAGCUGGUGGAGGGCAAGAAACAAAAGAGUUGGGGCCUGGCAAUGUGGUCGCUGUGGGGUUCCAAGCACGAUGAAAUGACGGUCGAAAGGGAGAAGAAGGCGGGCGAAGAGCCAGAAGUUCGCGUCGCUACACCAGCUGAUGGGCAAGGGGCACGUUCCUUUGCCGACAUCGAGGGCCAAGAUAGGCCCAAGAUGCUGUCAGACCAAUCUCGCAGUCGAUCUCAUCGCAAGACGGUCGUCGAUGAGAACCAGACAGGCAGCAUGGUUAUCACUGAGGAUAUGCCUGUCGCCCAUCUCUUGGAGCAGAGAAGGGAACAGGAGGCCGCUAAGCCUGGAUUGCUCAGUCCUGAUUUUGUGCCAGAGACUGGUGUUGCAGGAAAGCGACCAUUUCUUGAUGGCAUCGCUUUGCCGUUCAGCCUUAAUAAGGAAGCUGACACAGCAAGCAUGAUGACCCUGCACUCGACCGCUACUCCGCUCCCAGGCUCAAGGCCCAUGAGCUUAGUUCUUGUGGAUGAUGACUCGACUCAGCCGACGCAGACAACCCAGAUGACAUCACAAGAAGAAGACGCGCCGGCAACUGGCGUAGCUGGCAAGCGUCCUUAUCUCGACGGUAUCGCACUACCAUUCAGCUUGAAUAGGGAAGCUGAGACGGCUAGUAUGAUGACCUUGCAAUCCAACGUCACCCCGCUUCCAGGCUCGCGGCCCAUGAGCCCAAGUGUUUUGGGCGACGACUCGGCGCAGUCGACAAAGCAAACCGAAGAAGUUAAAGAGAAUGGAGAGAAGAAAGAGGAGGGAUUGACUCUAGCAGUGCCUGCCCCCGAGCGGCCUGGCUUGGACACGUUUGUCACGGCUCAAGAGGAGCUUCCCCGUAUCAAGUAA